AUGGACUACAGAGAAGCCUUCUUAACUGCUUGGAGGGACUUUCAUCCGAAAGGCAAGCUUCCUGACACAGACUUUUUGCAAUUUUGUGAUUUUGAUGGAGAUUUCGCAUCUGACGAACAUGUUUUGGAGCGUUUCAAUUUGUGCAAUGAAAGACUUGAGGACGCUAUUCGCGUGUUUAAAAGCGAAGGAUUUAUUCUAAAAUGGCUCAGAGAGGUUCUUAACGUUAACAUCUCUAAAGGAAGAGAUUUAGAACUCGAAAGAGUGCUAAACGUGUUCUUUCCAUGCGAACUGAAUCAGCCUGUGUCGUGUCCGCAGGACAUUGCCUCACCUUCCGUUGCCAUAGAAGACGUAAAAAAAUCGGAUCGGGACGAUUUUGAGAAGUCGUCCCCGCUUGAAGACGAAGAGAAAUAUUUAAACAAUACUUUUGCACCUGAUGAAGAGUGCAAGGAUUUUGGAAAAGACGCUAAAGUGAUAUUUCCUCCUCGUGACGAGCCAAAACUCGCUUUGGACGGAAGUGACGGGGAGUCGUGUUUCAACGACAACAUACAGGGGACGUCUGGGGUCGACACUGGUAAAUUAUUUAGUAGCGAAAAUAAUGAAUUCGAUGAAGAGAAAAGCUCGUCACACGAUGGCAUUAAUAUAGCAGAGGGUAAUAAACUUUCCGCCAAUAACAAUACAGAAAAGGAAAGUGUAAACGAUGUCGGGUUAACAAGGAGAAAUGAUCAGAGAGACCCCACGGGUUCUUCAGAAGACGAAGAAUCAGAAAUGGGGGACGAAACGCCAAGUUUAAAUUAUCCUGAACGAAAGAAACCAACUGGUCAUAGAAAUCGAGCUCUUGCCAGUGUGUUCUCACCUCUAGCGAAGGGGAUCAACAAAGCUAAAUCGAAAGGAAAGAGUUAUUUAACGCGUCCGUCCGGCCCAAAACAUAGGCGACAUGAUUCUCACGGCAGCACGACAAGUGGCGAUGAUGUGGACUUUUCAGAUCAUGCCGAAAGUAAAACUUCCGAAAAUCUUGAAAGUGAAAUAUUGUCAGAUUCUAAUGAGGUUGAUGUGAAGUUACACGAUAUUUGUGCGGCAAAUCAGUUUAAUAUGGCAGAUGAAGGCGAUAGUUGUUUGGCUCCUAUCGAUCGAGGAAGUCAUGUUGACUUUACAAGACAGGGAUUCUCGGAGAACAAUGCUUUGGACAAGAAAGACUCAAUCUCUGAGGAAGACAGGUGUAAGAAAGAGAAGAUAGCUGAAACGCCCGACGUAAUUAUCGAAGUUGUUGAUGAAUUGAUAUCCUACUUGGAAGGAAUCGAGGUCGUGAGUAGCGAUGAUCUCGAAGGGGAAUCGCCCCAUGCGUCUGAGGGAGAUGACUUUAUGCUAUUUGGCGGGGUAAUAAGACCACGGAAACCCCUACGAUCACGAAGACAACUCGAUUCUGUUCUCUCUGCGGGUAACGUUAGUUUGAUGAGUGCUGACUCUUGCAUGAGUCCAUGGGCUAUAGAUGUUGCUGUCUCUGAAAUGCAGUCAGCUGAUUCAUCAGAACAAGAAGACAAUGGAAAUGAUUCCAAUGAUGUCGGACCCACUGAGAGGGCUUCCCCUAGUCACCAUGUAAAAGAAAUAUCCAAGCAGCCAAAUGUGGAGGCUUCACCUCCACCUAUCAGACCUCCACGGCGUAGUAAGACUGAGAGGCGGUCCCGCACUGUAGGCUCACCAAAGAAACUAGGGCCAGUCAGUGCUGAUGAUGAUGAUGUCUUUGGAAAAGAUGACAAGGGAUAUGAGGGUAUGUUGUGAUCUUACUUUGAGAAGAAAUAAUCGGAACUUAAAAUUGGAUACUGCUGACUAAGAGGCACAUAUUUCAAAAAUAGUUUUAGAAAUGCACGAAAGUUAUUUUGGAAAUAAUUUUAAGGACCACUUGUCAUAAAUGCUAAUGAUUGAGAAGCAAGAUAUUAUCUUUAAUUUUCUUUUGAAAGGAAAAGGUAAGCAUUCAUUUGAAAUAAACUUUUUUUCUUUUACAGCUAGAUUUUUCAUAGACUCUAGUAUACUAAAGCUAAUCUUUCAAAGAAUUUUUGUCUGUAUCCUAAGUUUGUUUAUAUUGUUAUAUUGUAUGUGUUGAAGAUAUUGAAGAAGCAAUUAUAACUGUCUAUAUUUUUUUUCUUCCUCCUCCCUUUAUGAUAAUAUGUCAUGGUUGUUAUUUUGAUAAUAUAUUUUCAAACUGUCAUUCAAUAUUUUUAACAUGAAGUCUAACCUAUGGACGCUCUGUCAUUACUUCAUUUUCUCUUCUACAUAAAUUAGCACCAAAUUAUCUGUGUAAAAAUUAAUUUAAGAUCAGAAAAAACAAACAAACAAGCAAACAAAUGAUAACAACAGCUUCACAAUAAUUUGGAAUGCUUUGUUUGCAAAAGCCAAUACAAUAGAUUGUUUGAACUUAUGAGGGUAUAACGGACAUAACAGACAGUGGAUUUAAAAAAAAAAUUAGUUAAGGGUGCAAAACUAUGACAAUACAAAUUUUUUUUUGAGGUGAAAGGCAAUUUUUUUUCACAAAGAGUUGAAAACAAAUGUAUGAGUAGACUUAAGGUAGGCUGGAACAAGAUACGGAAGGUUUGAAAUUGCUUUCAUUUAUCUUCCUGCUUUUGAAGUGAUAAAUUUUUUGUUCUACCUUACAAGGUGACAAAGAGUUAUGGCAUACAUCUGUAAUUUGUGAGCAAUAUGAACUUAAAAUUUUCCAAUGAUUUAAAACUGUGUAGCAUACACAAACAGUAAUGUUGAAUGGCAAGAGGAGCUUAAAGUCAUUGAAUUAGAACAAGACAAAAUACGGCUUUUCUUUACUUUCUGUAAUGGACAAUAACUGGCUCACAUUAAGUGAGCAAUGCAUCAACUGUUGUCAGGAGUCACUAAACAAUGGAAGGGAGAGUAUGUUUACUUUGUAAAGAGAUGAAAAAAGGUUUCUAAGAUUUAGUAACUGAAAUAGAGUUAAACAACAAGCAACAAAAGUUAACCUCAGUGUGUGUUGCUUUAAAAGCAUACCAUGGUCAGAUCUGCCACAACACAUUGUAAUUUUCUUUUAAUUUUUUAAAGACUAGGACUUUCAUUGGGAAUACUGUAUUGGAUAUUUAUUAACUGAAACAUUUUUUCUUGGAAAUAGAAGGCUGACAGAUAUAGAAAAUGAAGGAUCUCUCUUACCCAACUGCUUUAGGAUGGUCUUGUUUUUGAAUCAUACUGAAACAAAAAACUAAAUCAUGUUUAUUAUAUUUUGAUAAUAUGAACUGUGACAUUUUGUGUUUAAGUAUGAUACUUUCAAUUCAACAGGGAGGUUUUCAAAAGACAUAAACUGUAAAGAAAAAAAUCUUGUUUUGUGUAAAGGUGAAAGUCCAUUUUUCUUGUUAUUUGUGAUAAAAAAAUUAUGCUAAGAAAAUAGUCUUCUAUUAUUUUAUUAUUUCAAUACAUUUAGAUAGUUUUAUGAAACUUGUGGUCACAUAAGCAAACAUCUGUUUAAAAUAAGUAAUAUUUUCUUUCUGAACUUUGGAUUUAGAGAUUUCUGUUGUGUUUCUUUCUGUCAUACAAAUUUUUGUAAAACCACAGUUUAGUUGCCAACUCAAAAUUUUCAAUUUUCUGCUAGAAAUAUUGUUACUCCCUGAAGAAUUGUGAUAUUUAUUGCUUUUAAUUUGAAACCUUGAAAAUUCCUGGUAAUUGGCUCAUUAUAUAGAUUCACUUUGUGGUAAACAUUUUGAUAAAAAAUUUCAUUCAUUUUCCCAACCUUAGCCCUUUCAAAAUAAAGUUGGUCCUUAAGAGUGUCUCCUUAAAAGCAAAGUGCAGAUCAUGUAAUCUGUUUUCACUAUCUUUAAGGCUUUUUGGUUAAAGUACAGUCAAGAUUAUAAUUUUUGUUUUUUUCAAUCAUAAAAGAAAAAUUGGUCGCAAAAGUGCACUGAUAAUGUUUUCAAUUUCAAUUUUGUUGUAAAAGCUGUCUGGGUAAACAUAAAUUUCACAUUUUAGUGGUUAUUAUCAUAACAAAGGUACUGUCAGUACUGUCUCUGAAAUCUUUUGAAUAUUUAAAUAAUUUGUUCUUUAACCUGACUAGUUUUUCAUUUUUUUGGGGAGUCAAUAGUCUUAUUCAUACCUCAUUUAUAUGAACAUAUUAUUAGCUGUUUGUGCAUCUUUAAAUCAAUUUGCAAGUUGAAGUUAAAGCAAUAACCUUCUUAUAUGAGUAAAGGAUCAAAACAUGGCUGAAUUUGCAUAAUGUGAAGAAAUUGCACAACAAAAUUACUUGAAAAGUAUGAGAUACACCUUUCUAUGGUAGAAAUAAUUAUGAAUUAAAACAGCUACAUUUGUUAUACUAUUGGCAAAAUAGUUUUACCAUUCUUUACUGGUCACUGACAAAUGUAUAAAAACAUUUUUAGCUGAGUAGGAUUUUAAAUUUGCACUCUCCUGAAAUUUUAUGCUUUUAAAGAAAGAUAAAAAUGCUAAUUUCUAAAUUAUGUUUUAAUAAAAAAACAUUAAGCAUGGUUUACCUGUCAGUUACUGAAUUAAAACAGCUACAUUUGUUAUACUAUCGGCAAAAUAGUUUUACCAUUCUUUACUGGUCACUGACAAAUGUAUAAAAACAUUUUUAGCUGAGUAGGAUUUUAAAUUUGCACUCUCCUGAAAUUUUAUGCUUUUAAAGAAAGAUAAAAAUGCUAAUUUCUAAAUUAUGUUUUAAUAAAAAAACAUUAAGCAUGGUUUACCUGUCAGUUACUGAAUAGAUCCAUUUUGAGAAAGGUAAGAGCAUUUUUUCAAUGAAAAUUGUUUCCAGUUGUGCAAACUGAAGACACACAUAGUAGUGUUGAUAAGUCACUUAAUUGAGAACAUCUUGAACAAAAAAAAUUGCAUAAACUAAAGAUGUAUUUCUAUUAAUGGUCACUCUUGAUAAAUUGAAAAGUUUUCAACUUCCAUUUGCCUACAGCUGUUGCAGUUAUGAAAACUUUCAAAACAUUACACUUCCCCUUAACCUUGAAACACAGUCUUGGGUACAUGGAAUUUCCCAUAAGCCAGAUAAUAAUUAUUAUGAUGGUAAUAGUAAUGGUAAUAAUAAAAUGAAUGUUGUGGUAAAGAAACAAACAAGGAUGAAGUUGAACUGCAUGUAGACUACCCUCUCCUCUAGGGAUGUCCUACAAUGCAAUUAAGGGGGAGGUGGAGAGAGAGAGAGAGAGAGAGAGAGAGAGAGAGAGAGAGAGAGAGAGAUGGGGGGGGGGAAGUGCCUUUUUUUGGGGGGGGGUGGGGGGGGUUUAACUGAACAAGCCUGAGUUCAAGUGGAAAGUCUCCUUGUUUGUAUAGGAUCUGAUCAUAGUCAAUAAUAUGAAUGUUGUAUAUUUUUAUGUUAUUGUCACUAGGGGACUAUGACUCUCUCCCUCGUUUGCCAAAGAGGAGUGCUAGUGAGGUAGUUCGUCCUCGGAGCCAGGGUUCAGAAAAUGAAGAACUCAAGAAACUGCGCAAAGCAAGAGGGGCCCAUGUUGUUAUUGGAGAUCAUAGUGUUGAUUUUUCAUCUUCGCCUGUCCCUUCUCCUGGUGGAAGUCCUGCAAAACAUGUGGUAUGUAUAGUUUAAAUUAUUCUUGAUGACCAUUUGAAGUCCUGUAUUUUUCAAUGGUUUUGUUCAUUAACCAAGGUCUCUGCUGGGUUAAAAUCUGUAGGAAAAUAAUCCAAAAGCCAACAUGUGGGAAUUACUUAAAGAGACAUCAGCAGUUCUCUUGAUGCUUUGAGCUCCAAUGCAGCCCCUUUUGUCAAGGAAUUGGUUCUCUGUCUUGCUGCUUUUAAGUGGAUGCAUGUUCCCCACCAAGUCCUUUCAUGAAACUGAAACAAAAGAAUUUGAAUAUAAUGAAGACCAUGGAAUAAAAAAGGGACUUUUUAUUUAGCAAUAGUAAUUUGUGACCCUCAAGCAACAUGUCAGGGUAAAAUCAAGAAAGGAAGCAUUACCUCACUACCGAGUGGUAAUGUACCAUUGUAACAUUUAACUUGUCAUCUGUUAGGAUCCUGGUGCUGGAGAUAAAGCUGAAAAGCUGCACAAGAGAAAGUGGGUUGUUGCUGGAGUGCUGGAUGGUGAGAAAGGAUAUUUGGAAUGUCUAAACUUAUUAUACAAAGUAAGCAUUUUUACAUCUUUCUUUUCGUGGUUGGUGACAAAAAAAAAAGCAUAAUUGUCUGUUAGGGUUUUUUAUUUAAAUGACUGAAAUACUGUGGGUGCUCUCAUUGGUCUAUAGGCUUUGUUAGAUGAGGGUACAACUUUGCAUUGCCUCAUGAUAACAGUUAGGGGUUUGCAGAACGUCUCAAGUUUAGGCUAUGUUAACAUGGAGAAAGUCCUCAAUUAGUUAUCAUGAGUGAAAGUGAUUCAAUUACAUUUUUUAACUUCUAAAAUUCUGUAUAUUUUAGCCCUCUUGAACAUGUAUAUUGUAGCAUCUAUUAAAGUAGGCUUCAGUACACUGCAGACUAUUUGCAGCAUCAGAACUAACACUGCCAGAGUUUAUUACUCCAAUUAUGUGCUGUAUAAGAUUUAAAAUUACUUGCAAUGUUCAUGUUAUUAUGGUGCUUAACCAACAUUGGGAACUUGCACAGUUUUUCUUUGUUAGAUCCCAUAGGUAAAAAUCUGAGUUAUAGCUCUUAAAUGGAACCAUCUGUAAAUUAAGUUCUUAAAUAAUUUGUGCUUUGUCAAUGCAUAACAUGUGUGUUUAAAUGUUUCUUUUCUUCCAAUUGUUAUUUUCAGCACAUGAAGCCUCUAAAGUUUUCCAUUGAAUCAUCACAUCCAAUCUUGACCUCAGUUGACUACAACAAGAUUUUCCACAAACUUGAUGAAAUGCACACUAUGCACAGUGCAUUUUAUAAUGAACUUGAGACACGUGUGUCACACUGGAGCGACCGUCACCUUAUAGGAGAUUUAUUUUUGAGUUUGGUAAGCGGUAUUUUUAGUGGAAUAGUCUGGGAAUUUAUUCACAAAAGGAAAUAUGACGUUGCGGUUUUUUAAUGGAAUUUUUAGAGCUGUAUCUUUUUUACAAAUUUAUGCAAUUUCCUGCUAAAUUGUUUUAUUUCACUGUCAAAGAAAAAUCAGUUUAUUUAUCUUUAGUGUUCACUCAUUUAAACCAAACAUACUUGCGAUUAAUCCUUUAACUCUCGUGAGUGACCAAGACAGAAUUUCUGUUACAAAUUUGAUCUGGGAGUUAAAGUGUUAAAAGAGAUUGUAGUAUUAAAUAUCAACAGCUUAGUCAUGUGAGUUCCUCACAGGAAUAGAGGCCAUUUAGCCAUCUCUCUGACUAAAAUGCAGAAUUACAUGGCUGAAUUUCAGUGGUUAGAGUUGUUUCUCAUUAUGUAUAACUCAUUUCUCCUGAUUGAAAACUCUGUGUUGCAUUGUUAAAUUUGUGGCUCAGGAUUCAACUUUUUAGUCAUUGGUUAUCUAUUAAAGAGAUAUUAAACAGUAAUUGUAUUUUUUGUCAGUGAGUUAAAAAAAAUUUCAGUUGCUACCCAUGUAACAAGGUGUUGGCAAACAGAACCAUCUUCAUCAUAGUUUUGUUUAUGUUUUUCUUUCCUUUUUGUUUUCCCUUUGCUUACAGGUGGAUCAGUUUGAUGUGUACAAAGAAUACAUAUCAAACUACAAUACUGCAAUGUCGACAGUACGUAAAUGCAAGGCAAGCAAUGAACAAUUCAACAACAUCUUUUCUAAGGUAUGUUUUAUUGUGGCUCAUGUUAUUUACUAAAGGCAGGUAUUUCAUUGAUUGAUUAUUUUUCUCUGUCAAGGGAGGGUAUAGAAAGAAUUUGUAAAGUUCAUUUUUUGAUCACAAGGCAGAAAGUGGAUAAGCUCAGACAUUGAGGACAAUUAACAGAUGUUGUCUUUUCUAUGUUUCUGCUAAUCAGGAACUUAGAGUUCAAUCCAUUCAAGAAGUGACAACAUUAGAAGGUAUGUUUUAUUAGUAAGAUACCUGAAAUUAGUGUGCAAAUACAUCAUAGGCAUGUUCUGUAGAAGCCCCCAAUUUUCUGUUGUAGGUGGCACAUUCUGUAUAUUUCGUUGUACAUAAUCUUAGAGAAUUUGGUGUGUUAACAAAGAGAAUACUUAAGCCAACGAGUUUGCUUAUUCUCCUCACGUGGUUGCUGAAAAGUGUUUUGGAAAAACCCUUGCUGGUCAUCUCUAGAGGUGUGGUUAAGAUCAAAAUUUAAGAGAUCUAAAAGACCUUUUUAAUUUGUUAUUAUUACUUUUUUUUUCGUCAGCUCUUUUCAACAAACCAGUGGAACGAGUUGGCCGCUAUAUUGCUGUCCUAAGGGUAAGUUGUGACUUACUCAGGCUUUCUGCUUUCUAAUGCACAGUGACUGGUCAAUACAGGAUCUUCUUCAUAUAGGUUUUGCCAUAUUGUUAUCAAAUGAGGUAUAGCUUAAUGUUUCUGAUGAUAACAUGCUUUUACUUAGGACUUGAUCAGAGAAACUCCUGAGGAGCAUGCGGAUUUUGAACUUUUAACAAAUGUGUUGAACCAAACCAAAGACUUCCUAGCAAAGAUCAAUGGUGAUGAAAGAGACGGAGGGGUAGGUAGACUGAAAACUUUUGCCCCUCUCUCUCCCCCCCCUACACUUCUCGGAACAAGAAGCUCGAUAACAUCCGGGAAUUUAUUGAGUCUGUUUCUUGCAUAGUUUGUGAAGAAAUAGUAAAGAUACCAACAACUCAAUGAAGGGCACUUGAAAACGUUCCAGAUAAAGAGGGUAAUUUGGUAUUAUCGACUGAGUUGAUAACGUAAAUUGAUCACCGUAAAGAGUUUAAAGGUUGACGUUUCGAGCGUUAGCCCUUCGUCAGAGCGAUUGGGAGAAAUUACCCUGUUUAUACUCUUCCACCGACGCAGCACCACAGAUUCUUUAGAAACUUACCCCCCUUGUUCCAGAUAAAGAGACAUGUUAAUUAUUUUCUUUUCAAUCCCUUUUGCAAGGGAUCAGGAGAAGCUCGUGUUCUCGGCUUGCCUGGGAUUGUUUCCAUUUUAAUUUGUGAGAAAAGUGUCAUAGGGUACAAAGGUAUUGGCAUUGUUAUAAGUACUGGUGUUGUCCUGUUUGAUUUUAAUCAGAACUUAACUUUUGAACUUCCAUAGGGAUUGCAAAGAGUGAAGCGAGAUCAUAGACUAAUCAAAGAUGGAUUUAUAGUAGAACUCUCAGGUAUUUUCUCUUUAAAUCUCCUUACCCUAAAAAGAUAACAGUCUGUAGCUGAUCACUGUGUAUAUUCUCCACACCUGUUUGCUAGUGAAUGUAUCGAAAGGUUAAGGAGAAGUUACAAGUUAGCAAUAGUAGGAGUAAAAGGGAUAAAAAAUAAAUGUUGUGUGAUGACAUUUUUACUUCAAAUCCCUAAUGGUGAGACAAUGUAACAAUGACUUUUUUCUUUUUUUUCAGAUGGAGUUCGCAAAUUUAGACAUCUUUUCUUGUUCAAUGACUACAUCAUAUGUACAAAGAGAAAGAUAACAGCUAGGUAUGUUAUGGCAAUUGAUUUUGGUGUAGGUUAUAGUGAUUCAGGCCUCACAUGUUUAAGGUUUCAAUAACUUUGACAUGAAACUCUUCUCGCUGUUAUUGUUGCCUGUCGUUAUUAAUACAUAUAAACUGAUGUAAUGCUGAGAUCCAUCGUAUCUUUACUUCAACCUAAAAAAUUCAAUUAGUCUUUUGGCAACUCCCAUCCACCUGAAAAACAUUUUACCUCUUUUCUUGAGCCAUACACCCAUUCAUCGCCAUAUACUUGAUUGUUUUUUUGAUGAGGUGUCUCUUCUAAAUGUUUACAGGGGCGAGCAAUACGUGUGUAAAUGGUAUCUCUCCCUGCGCGAUUUACAGUUCCAGCCCACAGAGAACUCAGAAGGUUUGUGUAUGCAUAGCUUGUACAGUUGGUGUUAGGCUAGAACGCAAUUUACAGGCCUUAGUGCGCGACUUCCUGCUCAUGCGUUCGAUGCUAAUUCAGUCAAAACGUGCUCCUCCUACGCAGGGUAGUCCGACUGAGCACGGUUACCUCUUGAAAGCUAUAACUUGCUUUGACGGAGUGUGUAGGUUUGAUUUGAAACAUUUUCAUUGCAAGUUCAAAUAUGAGAGAUGAGCUUUGAUAUGUAUUCUAACAAAACUUUCAAAACAGGAAAACUAGAAAAUGCGCGGUGGUAAGUAAAAGGGAGGAGGGAAAUAAAAACCAUUCUAACGAAUAAAUUCAAGUUUGUAUUAAACAAGCAAAUUACAUGAAGGCUUCUUAACGAACGAACUUCGACCGUAUCAGUUAUUACUAACAUGUGAAAGUCUCUCCUUUUUUUUACUUAUUUGUUUAUUUAUUUAUUAGCGCCACAAGUUAUACCAGUGACAAGCAAAGGUGACUUUGAUUUACUGAAAAGCAGGAUUGCAAGCACCAAAGCAGAAAUCCGACGAGAAGAAGGAGUGAGCGGACUCAACAGUCCUGAUUCCUCACCUUCAAUGAAGGUAUAAGAUAUCGUUUAUUGUUGAAAUUUCCCUCUGGCUUGGUGAAUUCAAAGGCUUUCUGAUUAAAGUGACAAAGCAAGAGCAUGUUUUCAACGAGCGCUAUUGUGAAAAGAAAAGUGUUUGUUCGAGCGAGUUGCAUCGAUUUUUGAAACUUGGUUUGUUAUUAGGUUUUGGGGAGGUGAAUUGACUGUUCUUUCCUUUGCUUACUCUCUCUCAUUUUUACUGUUUUUUUCCUUUGCAGCGACGUCGAGCGCAAUCAGCCUCCAAAAUUGUCGAGAAACUGAAAAGGCGGCUAGCUGAACAGGAAGCAGCUCUUUUGUUAGCCAUUCCCAGUCUCCCGGUUACACUCUACCACAAACAGGGCAAGGUUAGUUGUAUAUGCUUAUAAUAGACCAACUAACUAUAAACGUGCUCUGACAAUUCAAUUUUCUUGUAAUGCACAAGGAAGAUAACAAAGAGAACUAGGUUACUUUUAAAUAUCCUGGUUCUUUUUGGUAUUGUUCGCAUGCAUUCUUAAAAGGGAGGAGAAGUAGUUUCCCGAUUUCAAUUUUAAUAGUAGUUUUUUUGCACACAAAAUACAUUACUUCUACAGAGAAAAAAUUAUAAGUUUUCGGCAAUCAUGGACAAACUUUUUUUAACUUCACAGACAUACACAUUACUCUGUAAAACUGAUGUCGAAAGAGCAGAAUGGAAGGAAGCCAUCAUUCCUCUUUUGGAACAAAUUCAAGGUAAAAAAAAAAAAGCUAUUGAAUUGAUAUCAGAACCAUUAUCGCUUCUUUCUAUUAAUAAAGGACGACUCGAACAAUGCCUAAAUUUGAUUAACGCGUCAAUAUUGACAUGUUUCAAAGCAUUUUAAAAUCGAUUUGCAUAUUUGAAAUAAAUUGUCUAGCUUUCAUCGUUUCAACGUUUUCGUUAUCUUUUGACAGAUACCGAAACAGCGCCUUUUCUACCAGUGUCAUCUCUCUUGAAAAACGUCACAGUCAGCCAUCAUGGCUUUCUAAUUACAAGCUUUGUUUUUUACCUUAGAUAAUCCAAGUGCUGAAGUACAGCUUAGUGCGUUGGAGCUUCAUCACUUCCUAGAGGCUUGUAAGAAGGUUGGUCGGUUCAUUUGUUUGUGGAAUUCUCUCCUUCAUAUUGCAAAAUUCAAAGGUCAUAAAAUUCUAAAUGACAGCUCGUUCACGCUCUCUACGAAAAACCCGGAGUUAGGAAACUGCUAUCAUUAUUGGUGUUUUGGUAAACAUCCUCUCUGAUUGGUCGAGUGGUUUUGUAUACCGCGGGUAACGUAUGUGAGCGGUAUACAGCAGGGAUUAAUGUGACAGAUUAAUUACACUUCAGCCCAUCUAUUUAUUCAAGCCUUCCUCGACUCGGUAAUAGUUACGCUGAACUACUGAACCAAUCUUAAGCUCGCGUCGCUCCCUGUUUCGUUCGUCUGCCCUUCAUGAUCAUGGCGACAAAAGUUAAGUUCACUCUCUCUCCGAGGCUUGCUCGGAGAGGAUCGGAAACUCAUGCCGAAUUUGGUGAAAAGCCGAAAUCGCCUCUUCUUCGUCGCGGCUCUUGGUCGCCAAACAUACGACUCCUUCGAAGAGGCUCAGACUCUAGUUUUUUAAAAGACUCGCACUCCUUGGUAAGUAACAUCAUGGUACUGACUUUAGGAAGAUUGUGAUUAUAAGCUUGUAAAUACUGAACUCGCUAAAUUUACGUUAGAAAGAACUGGAAAAAUUCACUAAAGUAUGGAAGCUUAUAACACUUGGCAUUGUUUGUACAAGAGAUGUUGCAAUCGCCGGUAGACUACGAUGAGAAUUGCUCUUGAAAUUUUCGCGUUAUUUCAUAUGUUCUUCCUUGUAUUUUUGAGAGCGCCUCAGGUUGUUUCUUUCAUAUAUCCAUGCCCAGUUCAGAUUUUCCUGUGUGGAAAUCAAUCGGAAAGAAUUAGUUUUUCAAAUCUCGCUUGAGCAGUAUGUUAUCAGUUUGUAAUCCACUCAAUCUCGUACAUUUUUGACAUUUUCAUCGCGUUUAAACAAACACUAUACAUUAAACAUCUUUUGUCAUUGCGAUACGAAUUACAACGCUGUUUCCUUUUUCAAAAAAUAUCACAAAUACAUCAUUGUGACGAGGUGUUUUCGUUCAGCCUCAUGCUGUGCAAAGGAAGCUUUUUGUCACAAACCGAACUUUGAUUAAGUAAAUAUCGCUUAGUCCACCCAGCCCGGAAUGUCUGUGUGACAAGUUGUUGUAAUAAGAUUUACAAGAUCUGUGAUAAAUCACUUUUGCGAGAUUUUGGCACACUUUCAAAGGAUCAUUUAGUCAUGUCAAGUCCAAACCAGGCAGACCUUUUUCGUAAUAAAAUUAACACCUAACCCCGAUCUUUCCGUAUCCGCCAGUCUAAUUGACGGAUAUUUAAUCGCCAGAUUUUUUUUACCUUUGAGCACUCUCCCGUUAUUUUAAGUGACCCUGACAAACUAAAAUUGGAACAGACAUUUAUAAAUAAUAAAAAAGACAGCACGAAACAGGAAGCCGCAAGGAAAACUCCUGGGUUUACCGUUGGAAAGGACUCAAACUGGCAAUUAACACCCAGUAUUAUCCUGUCUUGUCCACAGAUCAAUUGUGUAAAGAUUUCCCUUUUGAAAAUAUCGUGCUAACUGAUAUUUCGUCUCUCUUUCAGCUGAGAACUCAGAGGUCAUUAGGAAAAGUAUCCAUGAAGGAAGGUACUGAACGCGAUUUUCUAAGUCCAUCCUUCAUUUCCUUUUAGGAUUACAUAAUGAUAGCGUAAUUAAAGUUAAAUCAAUGUUUCUCUUUCAUUGAAAUAAAAUGUGCUUUUCGCUUAAAAGUAAAGAAAUGAAGAAGAAAAGGGAAUACUCCUCUCACAGGCCAAAGCCCUCCAAUAAGCUUUCGCUAACAUCAACUCUAAACAAUUUUUAUUACUCUGUCUGGGUUAGGUUUGGAAAUUUCUUGAAACACCUCGCGUAAUUACUCUAAUUACUUCACACCGUGUUGAACUUAAAAUUCACAGAUAAUUGUUUAUAAAGCUAAGGUAAAUAAGCGCAAUAAUUUUUUUCCUUCUGUAUCGAGAAGGGUGAUCUUGGAACGUAAAGGUAACGCUGAAAAUAUUUUGCUGAUAUAAGCCUGGAGGGAUAUUUCUCGCUCACUGCAUAUUUUGCUCGUUAUGUUGCAGACAAAAGUCUCCUCAAUGGACUGUUAUACGUUCAUAUACACUCUGGACGCGGAUUUCACAAAAACGGUAAAUGAAAACAGAGAUCAUCAGAAAUUUUGGUGUUAUAAUCCAGACUUCCGAAGAGCUUACAUUAAAAUAGAUUAAAUAUGAAUUAAACGCCCACCAAAACUUAAUAGACGCACGUAACUGACCCUGAGCACAGAAGAAGCACGUAAGCGAACUCGUGUACGCUUGUGAUUGGCUAGUGUAGCAGCACUUCACAACAACUUUGCCGUGAUUGGGUUAUGCAGGUGGAACGAGAUUUAUGAAGGCUCAGGAAAAAGUAAUUAACAGGAAAUUGACUCUUUGAUUAAAAGCAAUUUAUUUUUGGUAGUCUAGAAAAACGUUCUGACCAAUUUAGACCUACAUAUUGCAAAUCCUAACAGUUUGUGAGAACAGACUGGUGGAUUGAACAUACGUCACGGCUCUCAGACUGUCUCUACAAAGUCUAUUAACUAAGUAAUAAGGGGAGAAGAUAGACAACCCUAUAGGUGACUUCAUGUAAAGCUCGGAUAUGAAUCUUCGCCUUUUUUGUAAUGCGUUGCUGCCAUUUGCCAGAACAUGACCGCAUUUCCUAAGAAUCAAACCAAAAGCAGAUUAAUAAAAAUCAAUACAACUGAAAGGCAAUUGAGAACAAGGGAAUUUACAAGAGAAAUAUGUAUUCUCAAUAUGUUGAUAUAUAAAAUUCGUUAACGAGAGUCGAUGAGUUAGGGCAAUCAAACUGCUUACAGCGCAGGAAUACCCCACCAAGUUAGCGGCCUGUCAUAUUAUGUUUACACCUUGUUAGUUAAGUAGAAGGCGUGAGUUUUCUAUACUUUUGCAAUCCCAGACAGUUUAUGACGUUCAGUUGGAAAUUACAGUGUGUUCAAUAGGAUGGUGUACCCAUCCCCACAAAAGCAUUUCACUAUUCGAACAAAUAUGAUUUUUUUUUCAGCUGGAUGUGGUUUCACAUCCAUGUUUCCCUUCAGUUUUUCCUAAAUUCUCCAUGUGUUAUUAUUCAGAUCUCAGUUGCGUGGUAGAAGUUGAUCAUUAUGGACAGUUUGUUCGUAAAGCCAGGACAAAAACGUGUAAAGCUUCAACUGACCCUGUAUGGGACCAGGUAAGAGGAGGAAAACUUGACUUCCAAUCACUCCGACUGGCCGCCUUGCAUCCCCUUUUACUUGCCUUACGAGAAUAUGAUGUGACUGUCUCGGACAAAUGCGAUCGACUAGCAUACUUAGCGGGAAGGGGUUGGGUUAGUGGUGCUCUCUGUUCUUUCUCAAACGAUGAAAGAAACGACAGGUUUACUCUGUGCUGCUGAAACAAUGUCUUGUGCAGACUUUCAGUUUUAAAGCCUUCCAAGAGUCAUCUUAUGGGACUCGCCGGGCAAAAAUUUAAAAUCGCCGCCAGAAUGGUUUGACUCCAUCCUUUAUCAUUAGGGUUGUAAAACGCGUUCCUCGGUCAGUGCUAACACCUUUAUUUGUUCUAUAGGACUUCGAUGUCGAGGUGGAAGGAACAAGAGAACUCAAGCUGCAUGUUUAUAGCAAAAGCAGACUUAAUUUUGAUGAACACUGUGCGCAGGGAAAAAUAGAGGUGAGGUGUUGUGUAUGCUUCUCGCGCGCGGAAAUUAGUGCAAGGCGAGGGCUAUGGGCAAAAACAGGAAAUAAACAAUCACGCCUGUGGGGUUGUGCGUUUUCGUUUAAAUAACUUCUGAACUUGAACUAAAACGUGUGGCUUGCUAACAAUUCUUAUCUUUUUUAUUGCUAAAGCUUGUAAAGGAAAAUUUGAGGGAUCUGAAGAAACAGACCAUCACAAUAACCUUAGACAAGCAGGUAAGGAAUAAAUAAUUUAUUUAUCUCUGUGUACAGUAAUGAAGUAGGUGAUGUUACCCCAUCACUACGUUUCAGCUUUACUGAUCAAUUGCUGGUCACGUAAGUUCAGUUGUCACGCACCGUAUAUAGAUUUUUAUCAAGAAUGCCCUGUGAUCAUUGCUGUCUUUGGCUGAAAGAAACAUUCAAUACUCUGGAUUUUAGCUGAAAUAAAAUAACCAAUUUAAAGCACAGCCAUAGUAACGUAUUGUGUUUGACCUGCAGGGUGCGGUAACGCUAUCACUACAGUAUUCCAAGACACCUCAUGGGAUUCAACGGAAGAAAUCUUACAGCGAGAAAGGUGUUUUUGGAGUUGAUAUUGCUACAGUUUCAAAGUGAGUUAAAUGUCUUCGUUUGUUUGUUGUUGAUUGACAAUGUUCAACUUUCGCUUGGUUUUAUGAUUUACCUUUGGUAUAUGUUUCUCUUACAGACGAGAAGAAAGUGAUAUUCCCUUAGUUGUGAUUGGCUGUGUACAGGAAAUUGAGAAAAGAGGUGGGUAGAGUGAAAUCGCGUCAAUUUUUAUUCCAGAAUAGUUUUGCGAUUGCGAGUCCUAAAGUUUGUCCAACAAAUGCGUCAGCUCUAUCUUUUGUUUUGUUUCGUUUCACGUUAGCAAACCUUCAAUGAGUGUGCAAUACAGCUAAGAACUGGAUUGACUGCUAAUAUCUUUAAAAUCCAUUGUUCAAGUUACCGUUGCAUCUCGUCUUGUUUCAGGAAUGGAAGAAGUAGGAAUUUAUCGCUUAUCAGGAGCAACUUCAGAUGUCCGAAGGCUAAAAGACGCGUUUGACAACAGUAAGUGCAUUGCAUACAAGACGAGGUAAACGGUAUGGCUAUCAAUGAGGCCGUAAGGCUGAGCUUUAUACAUAGAUUUGACCCCAAGCUCUGGAGAGAUGCUAAAGUGGCUCAUUCCUUAUUUUCGACCCGUUCUAAUCGUUUCCAUCCUCAUCCAUCCUUGUUUCGUCUUGCUCCAUUAUUUGCUCUAUUUCGUUUCUUAGUUACGGAACUAAUAUAUUGUAGCCUCCUUUAAGAUGGAGUAACUUUUGCAUGAUACCAAAAAUGAGUUAGAACAGAGAAGCAAAGUUCCUUGAAAUCAGGAUUUUGAUCGUUUUGCUGUCUGCCAUCAAUGCUAGUGUCAAAUCCACAAUGAAUCCUCCUGAAAGCUACUUUCGCCGCCGUUCCUAGUUUGUCCAUAGCCGACUGAUUUCCUUUUUGAUUAAUCUCUUUUAGACAGUCAAAGUGCUUUAGUGCAAGUUGCUGAGGCGGACAUCCAUGCUGUGGCUGGACUUCUGAAGAUGUACCUCAGGGACCUUCCAGAGCCACUCUUUACCGACGACCUUUAUAUCAAGUUUGUUGAAGCAAACGGUAAACCACUUUUCAAUUCCUUAUUAGUACAAUAAGUUUGCCCCUAUAACGUACUGCAUGGAAAAAAAUACCACUUCCUCGGAAUUUCAAAUGUGGGUUCAAUGGGUUAUGGGGUAAGAUUAUUGCUGGUUAGUCGUCAGCCCUGCUACACGUGUUAUAUUAUUACGGCUCAACAUACAACGAAGAAAAGCGAUCUUAUCAAAACAGUCACUCUGGUCAGCAGUGGCACCUCUCCUGUCGUAUACCUUCAUGCAAAGGACACAAAGUAAGGUGCUGAAAGAAAGAAUUCUGCUCUAUCGUUUGCAUCCAGGGAAACUCUUUCCCAUGUCCCCCUCCUCUGUGGUUGGUGUGACGGUACGAACCACUCCAGGGCCCAUUAUUGAUUGCUUUGCUACACACUGAAGCAAGUGGAUGUGGUGUUUUGUAGAUAUAUAUGUACACAUAAUCUGUAUAUUUUUCUUGUUGUACACAGUUAAUUAUUUUUCUCGAUUUUUUUUUCUGACAUCGAGAUACUUGUUUUUGAUUUUAGGAAUUAAAGAUCCCGAGGAAAAAAAGAAAAAAAUGAUGGAGUUGUUUGAAUCUUUACCCAAACCAAACCGGCUCACUAUUAUCUAUUUACUAGAUCAUCUAAGAAGGUAAUGUGUGGGGUUUACACACUCAUAGGAAAAUAUAACGAUAGGAAGAGACAUUGGAGAAAUGCAAGCCGUAUUUGUAGCUGUGCAUAAUAAGAUUGAGAGAUGAUUAGUCACACAGUGUAUUCUAAGUCGAGCUUUGUGUUGAAACCGUUAAAAGGCCAUUCGGAAGUAUUGAUUGGCUCAGAGCCACCCUCUGUUUGUUGUUUGCGAUGCUUUUCAGUCUUCUUCAUUCAACUAUCCGUGCUCUUUCCUGUAUUACUGUCGUACCCAACUGAUAUGUAGUGGUCUUUUUCAAGGUCAUUUUGUGGGGUUAAAAGAAAAAAAAAAAACUAGCAAUGUUUUGGCAUAGCUCUCUUAACAGUGUAGUCAUUCACAUGCGGAUCGCGUUUGUUUUGUUACUCUAGUGAGUACUUUAUGGCUAAAAUAUGUUGCUUAUAGAAUGAGUGAGCAUCAGGAACAGAACAAAAUGGGACAAAAUAACCUGGCAACCGUUUUUGGCCCGAACGUUCUUCGGCCUUCCUCGGCCGACACGGAUCCAACAGAUCUCGCUAAAGGAACACUCGAUGUCAUGAGUCAAGUCGGUAUCUUUCUGUGGUUCUUAAAGUUUUGCUCUCUCCAGCUCCCGGAAGAUCCACAGCUUAUGCGUAGACUGGAUCCGAAUAAAAACGUCGAAGUUGCGCCCGCGUUAGGGCAUGAGGACAGACUUAUUUGAUAUCCCACCAUGCACUUCAAAAGUUGACCUCGAUCUGAUGAUGUACUCACAAGAGCAUGUACAGUUAAAGUAAACGCGUAACAAUUAUAUGAAGGAACGAAGAACUGGGCGCACUAGUGUGUUCGCCGUAUUAGAAUAGUUAUCCUAGCUCCAAGGAGUUGCAGGUUUAAACAAUGGACGAGAAACAUUCUCUAUUAUUUGACUUGAUUUACAUUCGAAAUUAUAGGAGAAAACGUUGCAAAUGUUUGCACAGGUUAGUUCAUAGAUAUUUUAAUCAAAGAAAAAAUUUAGUUUACAGAUGUUUUUAUUGUUAAAGUUUUAGUUCUUUCAAAAUGGUUUUAUCUGUUUUAUUUUCGUAAUGUUGAAAUUCUACUCGAUAUCUUUAUUCGAUUUUUACACUUGAUUUCCGUGAAAAUGAAUGUUUAUUAAGACCUUUUUGUUCGUCUCCGUUAGUAAAGGAAGUCAUGAGACGGAAUUCUUAGCUGCUAGAUCAUGACCAGUUCAUCUUGCUUAGCUUUGUCCUUCGAACUAGUCAGAAGGCGCUUAGCGGAAGUUAGUUCUAUUUCUGUAAGCUAACUUUUCAUUGCGCUUCUGUGAGAGGGACCAAGCUGAUAAAGACAAACUGUUCGUAAUGAUGAAAUUUUGUUGAUAAUUCUUACUACUUUUUCAUGAAAGGUCUUUUGAAAUAGAUUGUUCAGGUUUGUCAACCAACCUUUUUGACGCAUAUGCUAAAUUUCUACUUUAAAUUAUGAUUCAGUCAACUUUCAGGAAAUGGAUCAAAAGAUUGUACUAUUCUAAGCGGUUAUUAUAUAUCCUAUAUACGAGCAACAAAAAAGGUAUCAGCUAUACUAUGUCCUGAACAGAUAUUCGCAUUUUUAUAUGACGUAUGUAUUCGAUCAGUAGUCUUAGGCGUAAGUAAAAAAAGUCUCAGUUCUAAAUACGGAGGAGCUCUAAUAUCGAGUAGGAUUAUUUAUCAAACACCAAAUAUAUUAAGUUAUUUUAAUUGUAAAUUAAGG